AUGAGUCAAGCACUGAGACUGAGGAGGAAUUCCCACUUCGACAGCGAUAGCGACAGCGACUGGUGUGAGGAAGAGACCAAGGCACAGCCUCAAGACGAUGAUGACUGUCCUUGGAGAAGCGCUGUAGACCCAACGUCAGGGAAAACCUACUACUAUCAUAGCCAGACUCGAGAGACCCAAUGGCGAAAGCCCAUUGAAAUGGCCAGUCGGGAGGAACGAGAAGCUCUAGCUGCCAAAGAGAGACGACAAAAGGAUUUCUUUGCGGCCAUGGAAGCGAAUAUCAUGAAGAGCAUUUCACAGGGAAACAAGGCUCCCGAGAAGCAGUCUCGGUUGGACAUUGAGUUCGACAGUCGGAUUAUCCCCGACGACGAACCCCUCACGACAACUGGCGCCUCGACCAAAUCAGGUCUGGCGAGUGUGUCGAAUAGUAGCCACCACCGCCAAUCUCCAACGAGACCGAAAGUCACGAGAACGACUUCCAGUAGUUCGAGGUCGCGAGCGGCACCGUCGCGGCCGAACUUGGUCCGGACGAUCAGCUCGAUGGACAACAGCGUGAUACGACAACUCAUCAACCGUGUCCCUUCCUCGCGACAACUUCGUUCCAUGCCAACCGGUAGUAGCAGCAUGGGCAGACAACCCAGCAAUCGAAGUGUAGGCUUCGGAUCCUCGCAUCACAGUCGACAGGGAGGACGAUUGAUGUCCUCACGGACUUUGAAUUCUCGGACGGCAGCUUCCCCGCGGAUGGCGCCGUUGGCUAUCAACAAAGCAAACCUUGCCAGGUCUGGCCUUACUGAUGACGAUGACGACGAAUUACCUCCCCUCACGGUUGUCACAACACCAGACCUGAGAAAACGAGAAAGUAUAGGAAAGGAUGCCUUGGCGUCGCCGGCAGAUCCAAGAGAGGGCUUGAAACGAGGGGAAAGUCUGACGCUAGAUCAGCUGUCUUUUCAUGGUGGCGGUGGUAGUGGCAGUGGUGGUGGGAAUAUGAUGGACUCCCGGUUCAUGGACGGUUCCAUCGGGUCACAUCUUUCCAUGUCAAAUCACAGUUUCCAAUUCGAUCCAAACGACUCGAGUGGCUUUCUUGGGCCUUUUACCAACUCUCAGAGAUUGUCCGGUUCAGGGGCAUUGUAUGGUAACCACAGCUUCAAUUCCCUUGGCUCUAGCGAACAUAGCAUGGGGCAAGGUAUGGAUGCAUCAGCCCGGAGCAUUCCUCUCAUGCCAGUAGAAGAAGCCGUAGACGAGUCCGAGUACAGCAAUCCAAAAUUUGACGGGAGUCGCACUGAAUACUUUCUAGACAUGGGAAGAGACGAAGGAAAAGUUGGAGACGAAAUACCCGAGGAAGGAUCUUUCAGCUUGGGCGCUGAGGAUUGGUUAGGUGCCCUCCCGCCAGAUGAAAACGCAGAAAGUGAACAAUUAGUUGGGUACGGGCCAAGUGCCAAACGAUUCUCAGAGGCCGGCUUCACAUCAUUCUUUGACGAGUCAAUGGCCAACUUUGAUUUGUCGGACAAAGAAACACAGGCGCUGGUGAAAUUGGCCGCGAUUUCGGAACAAAUGACAAAGGUUGCGGAAACCGACGAUUCCGAAUCAACGGAAGAGUCAGAAGAAGAAGACGAUGAUGACAUGCCGGCCUUGAACGAGGCAAGCUCCGAUUUUCCUCUCUUCCUGGAGGAUUCAGAGGAGGAAAUAGACGACAUGUUAUCCGAAGACGAGGCGUCGUCGGAUGGAAACCAGUCGCCUUUUCACACACCCAUAACAUCCAGCACCACCAAGACAACCGGGACCAACUCAACAACAUCUCCAGCCGCGAAAGCGUCAAGGGCUCCACCAGCGAGAGGACUGCAACGAACGAGCGUUCAAGGGAUUACACAUUCGCCCCUGAUUGGGAUUUCAAAAUCAUCAGCAGCUGGCAGAGGAAUCGCACAAUCUUCAGAUGUCAGAGGGGCUAGACCCGGCUUGGGGACCAAGACAACUGAUAUUCCCCGAGCUGUGCGCAACAAACAAAUUCGCGAGGCAGCGCUGCAUGAGUCUGAGGAUUCAUCGCAUGGUUCGUCCACUGCCGAUGGAAGUCUGGGAGUGUCAGGUCUUGCGUUUGCGUCGGCAACUCUGACGAUCGACAAUGCAAGGAGCCACUACAACACAGAAACCCAAAACGCUCCUGGGCAAACUCAUCGGCGCAAUGACUUCUCUCCAACCAAAAGGAACCCGAUGGAAGGGGAGUUAGCGAAUAGUUCUUCGAGUCUGAAUAGUGGCGGUUCCAUAGCUAUGGCGGAUGCCGCCAGAAGGCUCUCCAUGUUUCGCCUGAAAAAUCUUGAUCGAAGUCGACUGCGAGUCGCCGGCGAAGGCCACGGGGGGAUGGAUGGUUCAGUUGGAGACGCUGGUAUUAAAAGUAGUCGUCGGAGUCUUCAUGCAGAUGAUGCAGACGCAAAAAAUGCAAAAGACGAGGAUGGUCCCCGACCGAAUUUGGUGCGCCGCAACACUUGCGGUACAUUGUACGUGGGAACGACGAUGUCAGCGCCAGACAAAGAUGCAACCAUCAAGUGUGUUUGCGGUGUUUUUCGGGCGCAUAUUCUACAGGCUGAAACGGAUGAAGAGCCUGCCAACUCCAUCAAUUUCCGAAUAUUCAACGAUUUAGAAUCCCAGCAAGGCUUUGCGCGAAAACAAGAGAAGCAGCAGCGCCGUCCAAAAUCGCUUCCAGUUCCCUCCUUGGAACAAAUUACGACAUUCUACAGAGACGUGUUCCAAAGGGCUCAAAUGGAAUACGACUGCAUUAUCAUAUCUCUGAUUUAUGUUGAACGCCUAAUCAAAACUACCGGUGGUGCGCUGCGACCCAGGGCUUGCAAUUGGCGUUCAAUUCUGUUCAGUUGCAUGGUUCUUGCCAGCAAGGUUUGGGAUGACAUGUCCAUGUGGAACAAAGACUUUAGCCAAACUUGUCCAAAUGGAGUUAGAUUCUCCCUGAAGCGCAUCAACGAGCUCGAAGUCGCAAUCUUGUCAGCUUUAAGCUACAAGGUGAAAGUUCCAGCGAGCGAGUAUGCGAAGUACUAUUUCCUUCUUCGAUCGAUGUUGAUCAAGAGUGGGCUUGGGGGAGACAACGAUGACACAACAAGUCCGUUGGAUGUGGAAGGGGCAAAGCGGCUUCAACAAGUGUCUGGUCGGUACCAGCAUGGAAUGGGUGCAACAAGAAGGCAAAUGAGGAAGGCAAAGUCUAUGAGGAGUAAGAGUAUGGGAGAUGAUGAGAGGGCGAAAAUGAACAACGCAGCAAGAUAUUCACGCAAGAAUAAGCUUUCGUUGGAACACGUUGUGAAAAUGUAG